CCAAUGGCAGAGCCAACAUACACCAGGGGAAAUUAUACGCUUUAUUAUGCCACUAGUACAACAACAGUUGCAAAUGAGCCCUCAUCAGUAACAACAUCAUCGUCGUCGUCGUCUUCAUCCUCCUCCUCGUCGUCCUCAUCACCGUUUGCGGUGCCACCAGCAGCACCACCUUUCAUUUCCACAUUUUCGUCCAAGUUUUUAAACCGAAAAAAGCGCCACAGGCCAAAGGCUGCCACAGCAUCUUCCCAUUUACCACCUGUAACUACUCAUGACUGGCUGAUGGAGGCCCAGGCUUCCUUGCCAGGCUCAGCCUCAGCAGCAUCAUCAUCGUCGUUGUCCUCAUCCAUGUAUAAUUCAUUUAAUCCCUACGAUCCAUACCAUGCCCACUUAGUUACUAAGAAGAUUGCGAAAAAUGUAAAUAAUCACAAUGUCAACGCUGUGGCUGCAUCGGCUAACAUUGUAGCUGAUGAUCAUUAUGCGAUGGACGACGGCCAGGAUACUACAUAUGAUGAGCAUGAGCAUAAAUCUCGAGCAGAUGAUGAUGGUGAUGAAGAAGAUGGUGAAUAUGGCGGAUUUGAUGCCAGUGGCAGUGGGGAUAGCUCGUCGUCGGCAAGUUUUUCCAAUGCCAACUAUGAAACCUAUAGUCGGGAGCAUAUACCGGAUGAUGACUAUGGCUCAUCAACCACCACCAGCAGCCGGAGUGCCAACAGUGCAAUCACCAGCACUAGCACGAGCACAAGUAGAACUACCAGCAAAGCCACUAAAAUCCCAUCAACUACAUAUGACUAUGUGGAUUCAUUGCCGUUAUCAUCGCCACUACCACCACCACCGCCGCCACCACUAACACCACCACCACCCUGCCCCUGGAAAUGCGAGCUAACAAAUGAUCGCGGUUAUGUUCUCUAUUCCGCCCUCGGCUCCUUCUACAUACCCAUGUUUGUAAUGCUUUUCUUUUACUGGCGCAUUUAUCGGGCGGCAGUGCGAACCACACGAGCCAUUAAUCAGGGAUUUAAAACCACUAAGGGUUCGAAGGGCAUUGGAUCACGUUUCGAUGAACAACGUUUGACACUGAGAAUACAUCGUGGCCGUGGCUCUAAUCAACAUGACUCCACACACAGCAACGGCAGCACCCAAAGCACAACAACGACCCUGGGCACCCCCUCGCCCGAGCGCAUGAGUAAAUACUCCACCCGCCGAUUGCACAAUCACGAUAAAAUAAAGAUUUCCGUCUCGUAUCCAUCCAACGAUAAUAUAUCGGAAAUGGCCCAGCACGUACACGAGACGGGUAAUGCCAGUCACAGCCAUAAUCAUCAGCAUCAUCAUGAACGUGGCCGUACGGCAUCGGCCAGCGGAGGCAACAUGCUGUUUGCCGUCCAUUAUGGCACCCAAAAUGGCCGUGAUUGUACCGAGACUCAAUUGUACCGGCAUCAGCAUCAUCAGCACGGGGGCAAUUGUUUUCUGCAGGUGGGCAAAUCGAUGCCCGAUAUGAUGCGGAGAAGUUCGAAUAGCAGUGAUAACCAGCAAAUGCUGCAAACGAGGCCGAACAAGAAGAUGGGCAAGCGUAACAUAAAGGCCCAGGUGAAGAGAUUCCGCAUGGAAACGAAGGCUGCCAAAACGUUGGCCAUUAUUGUUGGCCUCUUCAUAUUCUGUUGGCUGCCAUUCUUUACCAUGUAUAUUAUACGGCCAUUUUGCCAGGACUGUAUCGAUCCGCUGCUCUUCUCUGUACUCUUUUGGCUGGGCUAUUGUAAUUCGGCGGUGAAUCCCAUGAUUUAUGCCCUGUUCUCCAAGGACUUUCGUUUUGCCUUUAAGCGUAUCAUCUGUAAGUGCUUCUGUUCCGGUAAAUCGAUAAAUUUAAAAACGUCACGACGUGGCAGUGAUAUGUCAGCCAUACGCAUUAGGGGACGAACGCCCAGCAUUACGCCCAGUGCUGCGGCUCAUUCGUUUGGUGAUGAAUCGGAAUUUCAUCACAGCGAUCAUGAGCACAGAUGACCAUCAUUCGGACCCACCAAUUCCAGUUCACAGAAUAGCUUGGGGGUCCGAAAGUCCAGUUUGAAAGUUCCUGUUUAUGAGAUAUGCCAUCCAUUGGUAAUGGAUAUUGGCGGCGGCGGCGGCAGUGGUGGUGGCGGAGUUG